GCCUUGAGAUAAGGCAGCAGACACAACACCCCUGGCAGGAGGGCGGGGGGACCCCCCUCUCAGCCCUUUUAAGCGGCACAGCCCCUCGGCCAGCACUGCCCAGCCAUGGGGAGAACCACGGUGCUGAUCACCGGCUGCUCCUCGGGCAUCGGCCUGGGGUUGGCUGCACGUCUGGCGGCCGACAGCGCCAGCAGGUUCAAAGGUAAGGGGGGUCUGGCACCCCGGGGGGCUCUUGGGGGUGGACUGGGGUUGGUGCUGGCUGCGUGGCUUAGUGUUAUCACUGCCUGCCACCGUGCUCUGCCCUCAGUGUAUGCCACCAUGCGGGACCUGUCCAAGGGUGAGCGGCUGCUGCAGCGCCUGGGGGGCCGCUGCCCCGACACGCUGGAGCUCCUGCAGCUUGACGUCACGGACCCCCACUCACUGGCAGCUGUCACACAGCGGGUGCAGGGGCAGCAGCUGGAUGUGCUGGUCUGCAACGCUGGGGUGGGACUGAUGGGCCCCCUGGAGACCUGCUCUGACCAGGCCAUGAAAGCUAUCUUCGACGUGAACCUCUUUGGGGUCAUCCGCACCAUCCAGGCGUUCCUGCCCGCCAUGAAGCACCGCAGGGCUGGGCGGAUCCUCGUCUCCAGCAGCAUCGGGGGGCUGCAAGGGCUGCCUUUCAACUCCGUGUACUGUGCCAGCAAGUUUGCAGUGGAGGGUCUGUGUGAGAGCCUGGCCAUCGUCCUGCAGCCCUUCAACAUCCACCUGACGCUGGUGGAGUGUGGACCUGUCAACACCAGCUUCCUGGACAACCUGCAGCGCCCGGACCCCAAGGGCCAUGAGCUGCAGGACCUGGACGCCGAGACGCGGGGUCUCUACUGCCGGUACUUGCAGCACUGCCAGGGUGUCCUGGGUCACUCGGCCCAGGAGGUGGAGGAUGUCCUGCAGGUGUUCCUGGAGGCCAUGGGCACCCCCUGCCCACCCCUGCGCUGUGUCACCACCCAGCUCCUGGCCCCACUCCGCCGCCUCAGGCUCUCCAGCCCCGACGGCCGCGCCUUUCUUCGGGCCAUGCACGAUUUCGUGUUCGGUGGGGACCAGCCCUGAGCCCGGGAGGCCGCACUGCGGACCCCCCACCCUGCCAUGUCCGUCCCGGACGGGGGACUCGGUCCCUCCGAGUGGCAAAUAAAUCCUUUUGCAGCCGCACGGCUCCCGGCUCCGUCCCUCUCGCCGAGCCCUGUCCGGGGGUGGCGGGGGUUCUCUCUUCGCCUCUGCUCUCGUGUCCCCCAGGGGGUCCCCGGAACCAGGCCGUGCUCCGGGGGCUGUCGGAGACCCCCGUGGGGC